AUGUCCACGCCGGAGAAAUAUGCAAGCAAUCAGAGGAAUUUCCGGGCCACUACCAUCGCCAUGGUGGUUUUGGCGGUCCUCUUCACAGGUUUCAGGUUUCUAGCGCGGUGGAAAAAGGGUCUAACGCCCGGUGUCGAUGACUACAUGCUUGUCGUGGCUUUGCUGUUUCUAUUUGUGCUUACUGGGCUCAUGCUAGGAUUGAUUCACUAUGGCAUGGGGUUCCAUUCGAGCCUCCUCCCGGUUGAGGAUGUCAUGAUGAUUGGAAAGUUGCUGAUCGCAUUCGAGUGCGUCUAUGUCACAGCAGUUGCGCUGACGAAGAUCUCGAUUCUGCUGAUGUACGCUCGCAUCUUUCCUACCAAAGGAUUCCGAAUAGCGUCCAUCAUCCUGGGAGUAGUAUCAAUCUCUUGGGCGAUUUCAAUCAUUUUCGUCAGUGUCUUCCAAUGCACACCGGUCGCUAGGGCAUGGAACCCUACGAUCCCAGGUACCUGCAUCAACCUAAAGGGCUCCUUUAUCGGCAACGCAGUGCCAAACAUCGUGACCGACAUUGCGAUCUUGUCGCUUCCCGUCCGCGCUGUAUGGGGACUCCAUGCGAAUCUCGUCCACCGUCUUUCAGUGAUUGGAAUGUUCCUCCUGGGUAGCUUUGUCAUUUUCACAAGUAUAUACCGCUUCACCACCCUUUUCCAAUUCGAUCCAACAGACGUUGCCUGGACACUGGGGAAUGCUUGCACCUGGUGUACCGUUGAAACCUCAUCAGGCAUCAUUUCCGCAUGCAUGCCGACACUACGUCCCAUUUUCAAGCUCGUUUCAUCGAGAUUUGGAAGCAGCGCAGGGACCCGGGAUACGAGAGCCGCGGGAUCAAAACUAUCAGAGGGAUACGGCAUUGGUGACUCGGCUCUGCGGCCUGGAAAUGAGGUUCUCGCCAGCAGGAAGAUUCAGCUUUCUGUUGUCGCGACAGAGAAUGGGUCUGACGAUGAGAUACCGUUAAACUCGAUCCGAGUUGAUCGGCAGAUGACCUGGCAUGAAAGUAGCCAGGCUCCUUCACACCAUUGGUGA